AUGCUUACAGAGUCCAAUGGCAGCCCAUAUGCCGGCGGAGAUACACCUAAACUUCGAACUGCGUGUGAAAACUGCAGGCAAUCCAAAGUGAAAUGCAACCUGUCUGGUAAGAGUGUCUGUACUCGGUGCCUACGUCACGGCCUACAGUGCCAAUACGGAUUUGCAAAUCGAUCUGGUAAACCAAAGGGUAGCAAAAACAGAGCUACCCUCCGCAAGCUAGGUCAGUUGCAAGAAGAGAAGCCCACGAUGUGUGGCUUUCGAGGUAGUCGACUUGUUGCCCCUGUGGCCGACAUGGACCCACUAGUUGGGAAUAGCUAUGGGAAUCAUAUUCCUGACCCAGCAAUUGACGACGAUGUCUGCUUGAUAUCAAAUCAGCCGGGCUUCUGGGAAAGUCCCCGAAGCUUCGGCAAUACAGCAACCCUAGAAUCAUCCGUCUGCCCUGGGCAGUUGACGGCAGUUGAGAGCUCUCCAUUCACAGAUCUCGUGGAUCCAUGUCCUGCUCUCCCAGCCGGCCUGGGAUAUCCACAAACGCCCGUGACGCCAACAUUUCUGUCAGGGGAACUGGCCGACGGAAUGGCCAGUCCAUCUCUGGCCGGUUCUGUGGCUUCGCCGUAUCCGAUUUCGCCAUGCGAGUGUGUGGAUAUGCAGCUAUUCCACAUGAAUCGGCUUAACCACCUACUCGCUGGAUCAAUGCCCUUGCGGCUCGAUCACAGCCUGCAGACCAUCAAAUGCACCUUUUGCGCCUGCCAGAUGUUCCUCCGGUGUACUAAAUGUGCCAAAGACAGCACAAACCUGUUGCUGACUAUCUCGGUACUCAAUCUUACCCUCCAGCUCUUUGAGUACUGGGUUUCGCGGGAGACGUCUCGCGCACCGCGGCCAGAACACGGAGUCGAUAUCCGCUACGGAUACUAUGAGAUCUGCCACGAAGAAAACAGGCAAAUACGCAACUUCCUACUUCGAGGCCUUUUGCUGCAUUGCCGGGAUGUAUUGCUGGCUCUGAAAAGCACCGCUAGUGCUGCCGAUGUUCAAAUUCCCAAGUUGGGCGACCACGAAGGUCCAUCAGAACCGAAACUAUCAGAUGCGCACGCCAGUCAGCACUGGGCUCUUUCGGGGCAUGUCGGCUUACUUCCCGACUUAGAUACCGAUAUUCCGAGCAGUACACCUAGAAGUGAAGGGCUGCUUCCCAUUAUCGCAGGCUACGAAGCUACUGUGUCAGCGUUCUUACAGUCGACUUCAUGGGGGGAGUGUAUCUGCGGAUCUGGACGAGUGAUGCAUGACGAGUCUCUUUGA